AUGUUGCGUUUUCUUCGCCUUUCUUCGGCAACCAAAGAUGUCAAGCCUGAAUCGUCACGAAGCCUUCCGGCGUCGUGGUAUCGGUCCCCAGAACUAUACCAACUUGAGCGGCGAGCCAUCAUAUCCAGGAAAUGGAUACUAGUCACCCAUUCGCUGCGAUUCAAGCAGACCGGCGACUUUCUUUCCUUUGUUUACGCAGAUUUUCCUUUUUUCCUGGUCCAGGACCGCGAUCGUAACAUCAACGGCUUCCACAACGUUUGCCGUCAUCGCGCAUACCCUGUCAUCGAGAAAAGAUCAGGCAAGGCAAGCAUCCUCAGUUGCAAAUACCAUGGCUGGUCAUACGGCUACAAAGGAAAUCUUGCCAAGGCCCCAAGAUUUGACACAGUCAAGGGCUUUGACAAGAGUCAGAACGGACUACUACCCAUUCAUGUCCGCGUGGACCCCGCUGGCUUCGUUUGGGUGAACCUACAAGCAGGUGACCCACAAGUGAAAUGGGAAGACGAAUUCGGCGGAGUCUAUCAAAAACCGAGGAUGCAGAACUUUGACUUCUCUAGUGGUUAUACCUAUGAUCACGUCUGGGAUAUGGAGCUGGAAGCCAAUUGGAAAGCGGUGAUCGAGAACUACAACGAGUGCUACCAUUGCCCAACAUCCCAUCCCUUGAUCGCAGGGGUGUCGGACUUGACGAAAUAUCGCGUUGAGCCUAGCGGUGGAUGUCUCGAGCAUGAAAUUGUCAACAAAAAGGCCCAAGACGAGGAAGACGAGUUUCGACGAUCUAUCACUUUCUUCUAUCCGUCAACGUCAGUUACAAUCACCCAAAACUUUUUCUACAUCCAACGAAUGAUUCCUGUCAGCGCGACCAGAACUAGAAUCGAAAAUGAAGUUUAUCGAUCUCACACUGCCACAGAUGCCGAGUUCACUGCAAUCAACGCAUUCUACAAACAAAUUCUAGAGGAGGACCGAGAACUUUGUAUCGGUGCACAGGAGAAUCUCAAUGCUGGCGUUUUCAUCAGCGGCGAGCUUCAUCCGGACAAGGAAAAGGGCCCCAUUCACUUUCAGAACACCCUACGAGAAGAGGUCAUGGCACAUCGGCAGAAGGAACUGAACCAUGGGGGGAAAGAAAUAUGGCCUGCAACUCCACAACUGUAUGGAGAAAUGACUACUGGGAAAUUGUGCGAUGAUGAAGCAUUCUGCGCAGAUCUUGAAAAAGCAGGUUGCGCAUCACAACAGGAGCUUGCGUGGUGA